CAGUCCCACUUCCUCUUUCUCCUUUCUUCAUGACCCUUUGUCUAGGCAGCUUAGAUCAGGGCUGAGGGUCCAGCAUGGCCCCCAGAGUCACCUCUCUGCUGUGCCUUGGCCUGUGUCUGAGCCAGAAGAUCACAGCUCCAGAGGGGACACUCCCCACACCCUCCAUUAGGGCUGUGCCCAGCUCUGUGGUCCCCAAGGAGGCACGGGUGAGCUUCUAUUGCCAGGGCCCACAGGGAAGCAGGAGUUUUCAGCUUUGGAAGGAUGAAGCAUUCUUACUCCAGAUAAAUACCUCCAGAGAAGAGGCUGCGUUCCGCCUUCAACCUGAGGGACUAGUGGCUGCAGGCAGCUACAGCUGCCGCUACUGGCAAGGAUCCUACUGGUCAGAGUUCAGUGCACCCCUGCAGCUGGUGGUAACAGGAUUCUUCUCCAGACCAUCGUUACAAGUACGACCAAGCACCAUGGUAGCUGUAGGGGAGACAGUGACCCUUGUGUGCCAGGAGUUACUAAGCAGUGGUUUUUUAAAAUUGACAUUCUUUCUGCUGAAGACUGGGGUGCCAGCCCCAUUACAGCACCAGAGUCCAGAGGGGAAGAUGGCCAGCUUCACUCUCCCAUCUGUGAAGGCUGAGGAUGCUGGGAACUACAGCUGUAUUUACUCAAGCAAGGGCACAAAUAAAGGAUCAGAUCCCAGUGAUGUCCUAAGGCUGGAGGUGACAGGUAAAAAGACUGAACAUCCUCAAGGAAAAGGUAAGAAGGAGCGGCAGACGUUCCAGAGACAGGCCAUGUCUCCUCAUCUCCCUGGGUUCAGGAGCAGCCCCCAUUCCAGCCUGUUGGAGAAUGAGCUCGGAAUCAUCCUCAUUGUCACUGUCAGCUGCGUCUCUGUCUUUUUCCUCCUCCUCUGCCUCCUGGUCUUUCUCUGCCGCCGUCGCACCCAACACAGGAGCUCAUGUGGAGACACUCACAGGAGGUCCUCAGACAGUGCAGGUGUCCCUCAGUCCCUCUGCCUCACCUCCCUCCCUCCCAAGGAGACAAUGUGUGAAGACAUAUCCAAGAGGAUACAGCUGGAGACACAGGCCUCUGAAUCUGAAGACUCCCAAGGAGUGACUUACUCUCAGCUGAACACAGCUGCCCUUGAUGAGGGGCAGAGAGUCCUCACAUCUGCACCCCCAGAGCCCAGUGUCUAUGCUACUCUGGCUUUGCGCUGAUGGGGAAGUAGAGACGCUGUCACCCCAAGAAGGGGAACUGGAGCUCCAGAGAGAGGGAAGAGCAAUGAAAGAUGGGGGGAAGAUGUGGGCUGGGAAUUGGGAUGCCUGAAUUUGGGUGUCAAGUUUGGGCACUGAACCCAAGAGACCUUUCACCCCGCUGCCCCCAGGGGAACAUAUGCACAGAGGCCCCAUCUAUCUCUCUGGCCUUCCAUCAUCUAGCCUGUGGCACCUUCUGUACCAGUCCAUACCAAUUCUGACCAGGUUUUCUGUUGCCUGGGUGACCUCUGAGCUGCUGGGAGAAAGUAGCUCAGUCUUCACCUUGUGAUAUUCAUUGUGUUGAUUUGUGAAGCAUCUGCAAGACAGAUGAUUGCUCAGCCAAUGGGCUUCCUUUUGAUUCUGGUGGUGCUGGCGUUGAAUAGUGAUUCAAUGUUGUUAGACAUACGCUGGGUGCCAGUGGGAGGAACACGCUUUGAUGCGCUCUAGUCUGGGAAUCUGAAAGAGAGGAUGCACCUCCUAGCUGCCCCUAGGCCCCAAAACUUCAAUUUCUGGGACUAUUCUAGGAGGGAUUAUUAAAAGGAUAGUUGGGGAAUUUUGAGAAAGGAAAGCAGUGAUUCCAAAGAAGCCUGGCUUCAUCAUAGGUCAUACCAGACCAACCUCAUUUCCUUUUUUUGGACAAGAUUGCUAAAUAAAUCCCUGUCCAUGACUAAUA